AUGGACAUGGUAUUCUCAAGCCUCGAUGAUUGUUAUUCAAUGUAUGUUAAGUAUGCCAAGGAGUGUGGGUUUUCAGUCAGGAAAGGGACUACAAAGAAAAACUCUAAAGGUGUCUUACAUAUUAAGUAUUACUUGUGUACGAGAUCUUUGUUAUACAAGGACAAGAAGGUUGAUACGUUGGACCCCAAUCAAAAGGAGCGAUUAGUGCGAUCCAACUUUUCAAAGAGGACUGAUUGUGGUGCACUGUUAUGUGUAAUUUUUGAGGCCGGAUCAUGGAAGGUGUAUAAGUUUGUCGAGGAGCACAAGCAUGAUCUUCUUGAACGUCCUGAUAAGCAUUUUCUUCCAACUAAACGACGCCUCACUCAGCUCCAGAAGCAUGUUAUACACAGCAUGUCUAAGCUGAAUUUGGGUCCCGUCAAGGCGUUUAAUGUUAUGAAGACUUGUUUUGGCGGUUUUGAAGACGUGGGUGCAAGUAAAGUUGAGUUUAAGAACUAUAAGAGAUACUCUAUGGUGUUUGUACCAUUCACUGGUAUAGACAAUCAUCACUACAAUGUUACAUUUGGUGCAGCAUUAUUUGCGUCGGAAACUGCUGAUACGUAUAUUUGGUUGUUGGGAGUUUUUCUAAAAGUUGUUGGUUCUCAACCAAAAGUUGUUGUCACUGACCAAGAUCCAGCAAUGAAAAAGACUAUUUUUGCUGUAUUUGUUGACAAGAGGCAUCGGUUAUGCAUGUGGCAUGUGAUGCAUAAACUUUCUCUGAAGGUUGGUGUUAGGCUAUGCAAUUCCACCAAUUUUAAAGAACGUAUUUGUGGUGUUGUGUGGACGGAUAUUCUCACAUCUAAAGAGUUUGAAUCAGAAUGGAAAGCGGUUAUCGCAGAGUUCAAUUUAGCAAAUAAUGACUGGCUAUCUGAUUUUUUUUGCACUCAGGGAAUCUUGGAUCCCUCUGAGCUAAUUGGAUUUGCGGAUUGCAUAAAUCAACGUUACGAAGAUCAGCCCGAUGGACAAACAUUCUCUGCAUGGCGUUAUAGAGAUAUUGUUUUUGGCAUUUUUCAGAUUUUUGCUCCUCCCGCUAGUACUAGGGAUAGAUUUGCUGAGAUAACCGAUCAAUAUAAAAAUGACAAGAAUCCGAUAAGAGUCCCUGUUGGGUAUAAUCAAAAGGUUCUGGUUCUCGAAAGCGCCUGA